AUGUCCACCACAUUGAGAGAUCUUCUGGUCGCCGAGAGGGAAAACGAGGCUUCUCCGCCUCCAUUUCCAGGCCCGUCAACCCGUUAUUCUGUUUCCGGAGAUAUUUCUGAUGAAGAAGAUUCAACAAAUACUUCGCCGCUUUUCUCGUCCGAGGAAGAACAGUCACCAGAAAACUUGAAGAAAGUCACUGCGCCUGCAGCUUCUUUACUGGAUCUUAAACUGAACGAGAAUCUUGACAAAGAAGAAUUGAAGAAAUCAUCGGAGUUUAUAACUCUUGAACCUGCAACGAUUGUUGAUAAAUCUUUUGAAGAGAGCGAACCUUCGUAUUCUUCAGUGAAGGAAGUUCUUAAAACGGCGGAGAAAUCUCCAUUCUCUAGUGAUCUAAAAUGUAAACAAUUAAGCGAGGUUUCUUCAGAUUUAAAAAUCGAGUCUGUAACUCUAACUGAUUCGACUAAGGAGCCUUCAGCUUCUUUGGAAAAAGUAAUUGCUAAGUCAGUUGAGAAAUGCGAAGCGAAAGGAGAGGCAACUGUGUCAGAGGAAUCGACGCUAAUUACUUCGCUUGAAGUUGUGGGAGGUCGGAUUCCGGAGAAGGAUGAAGCGACGGUGACGGUGCAGAGCAAUGUGUGUGUAUCUGAUAAUGCCAAGUCAACAGCGUUAAAACAGUGUCCUAGUGUGGGUGUGAAGCUGGACGUCUUGGAUUUGAACAUAUCUCAAAUAUUGAAUGGUGGAGGGCUUCUGAUGAGUCCAGAAAGUUGCACGAUGGUGGAUGAAGCAUGGGAGAGGCUCAACAAGUCUUAUGUGUACCUUAAAGGAAAGCCUGUUGGGACUCUAGCUGCAAUGGAUACUAGUGCUGAUGCGUUGAAUUACAACCAGGUUUUUGUGAGAGAUUUUGUUCCUACCGGCUUAGCAUGUCUAAUGAAGGAGCCUCCAGAACCUGAGAUCGUGAGGAAUUUUCUGUUGAAGACCCUCCACCUCCAGGGUUUAGAAAAAAGGGUUGAUAACUUCACUCUUGGAGAAGGUGUCUUGCCUGCAAGUUUUAAGGUCCUCUAUGACUCUGAUCUGGAAAAAGAAACCUUGCUUGUGGAUUUUGGUGCCAGUGCAAUCGGAAGAGUGGCACCUGUUGAUUCAGGUUUCUGGUGGAUAAUUCUUCUUAGGUCCUAUAUCAAACGCACUCGUGAUUAUGCACUAUUAGAUCGCCCGGAGGUGCAGAAUGGAAUGAAGCUGAUACUUAAACUUUGCCUUUCGGAUGGAUUCGACACUUUCCCAACUCUUCUAUGUGCAGAUGGGUGUAGCAUGAUUGACCGGAGGAUGGGAAUAUACGGGUAUCCAAUUGAAAUACAGGCACUUUUCUAUUUCGCACUAAGGUGUGCGAAGCAGAUGUUAAAACCAGAGCUCGAUGGCAAGGAAUUUAUUGAGCGAAUUGAGAAGCGCAUCACAGCUCUCAGCUACCACAUUCAGACAUACUAUUGGCUGGAUUUCACCCAGCUAAAUAACAUAUACCGCUACAAAACGGAGGAGUACUCCCACACUGCUGUCAAUAAAUUUAAUGUCAUCCCAGAGUCCAUUCCUGAUUGGGUGUUUGAUUUCAUGCCUUUGCGAGGAGGUUACCUGAUAGGCAAUGUCAGCCCAGCUCGCAUGGAUUUUCGUUGGUUCUUAGUUGGGAACUGCGUUGCCAUUUUGAGCUCCCUGGUUACACCUGCACAGGCGACAGCCAUUAUGGAUUUGGUCGAGGAGCGGUGGGAAGACUUGAUUGGAGAGAUGCCUUUGAAGAUCACAUAUCCAGCACUGGAGGGACAUGAAUGGAGGCUAGUCACUGGAUUUGAUCCUAAAAACACAAGGUGGAGUUACCACAACGGUGGAUCAUGGCCAAUGCUUCUAUGGUUACUUUCAGCAGCGUGUAUUAAGGUUGGAAGGCCACAAAUUGCGAAACGAGCAAUAGAGCUGGCGGAGCAGCGGCUGUCCAAAGAUGGGUGGCCUGAGUAUUAUGAUGGUAAGACCGGCAGAUAUGUUGGGAAGCAAGCAAGGAAAUAUCAGACCUGGAGUAUUGCUGGCUAUUUGGUUGCUAAAAUGAUGGUAGAAAAUCCUUCCAAUCUUCUAAUGAUAUCUCUUGAAGAGGACAAGAAGAGUGCUAAGUCAAGGCUCACCCGCUCUAACUCAACUUCCUUUUAG